AUGCGAAAAACAGGGAAACUUUCACAAAUUAUAAGUGUAUCAGUACUAUUCUCGAUUGCCGUUUGUAUCUUUGCACAAUACGAAUGUGAAAUAAUUUGCUUUUCCUGUACUGGUUUAUCAGAAGGCGAAAAAUGCCACAAUGCUAUAUCAUGUGCAGAAAACGAGAUUUGUUUUACACAAAAAUACAGAACAAAAGAUAACAUCACUAAAUAUGACGUUGGCUGUUCCUAUCCAGAGCUUUGCCGUAAAGAUAGUACAGGUGUUAUAUUUGGAAAACGCAUGAUCGAUCAUGGCCAUGUAGUGUGUCAUCAAUGUUGCCAGGACAACGUUUGUAACUCCGUCUUAACAUGCAACGACAACUACAAAGGUUUGUUUUACACAAAAGUAUCGGACAACUCUGAAUCAAGAAUAUUACGAUCUCGGAUGUAA